ACUCACCUCCCUAACAGUUACAGUUUUGCUUUAAUACUCCGUACACAAUGCCAAACUGAUGGAUGUUUUUACCGACUGCUGUGUCUUCUGUCUGCAGCCCAGAUCUGAACAACGGUGCCCCUGAUCUCUAGCAACUCCAGUAAAGUGGCAGCAGUUCAGUUGAAGGAAGGAGGAGAAGAGGAAGAGUUUUGAAAGUUUGAAAAUCUCAGCUUGACUCAUGCUGUUGAAGGUCUUCGUGGAAAGACAAGUUGCAGUGGAAUGUAAACAGGUCUUGCAUUUCUCCUCAAACUCCUCGCCGCAGUGAAGCAGUUUGGAUGCAGGUUCUGUGCUGGCUGCUGUGCCUCGGCUUGACUGAGGCACUCGCUGUGCUGCCAAAGGAGCAGGUGGCCCGGCAUGCCAUCAAGCUCUAUCGGAGCAAAGCGCCGGCGCAGGGCCACAGCUGGGUGACCAACAACUGCAAGCGGCUGGUGGGUCUGCUGCAGCAGAAGAAUGUGGCCAUCAACAAGCUGGCAGCCGCUGCGGCAGCUGUUGGGAAAGACCAAAGCCUUUCAGAGCCAGAGAAGCACUUCCAGGUUCACACUCUGGAGGUUUUUCAGAAGGAGCUGAAUGAGAGCGAGCACCUGGUGUUCCAGGCGCUGCACGGCCUGCAGAGGGCGCUGCAGGGAGACUACAGGGAUGUGGUCAAUGUGAAGGAGAGCAGCAGACAGAGGCUGGAGGCCCUCAGAGAGGCAGCCAUAAAGGAAGAACAGGAGUACAUGGAGCUGGUGGCUGCAGAGAAGCAUCAGCAGGAAGCUCUUAAGAGCGCUUUGGCCCAGAACAAGACUCUGUCCAUCUUGGAGGAGAUUUUGGAGGAUGUCAGGAAGGCAGCAGAUCGCCUAGAGGAGGAGAUCGAAGAGCACGCCUUUGACAACAACAAACAGAUGAAGGGAGUGAAUGUCGAAGCAGUGCUGAGAGUGGAAGAGGAUGAGGAAAAAGGAGGGAAAACGAAGAACAAAUCCACACAGAAAGAGGUGGAGGAUGACCUGGGGCUCAGCAUGCUCAUCGAUUCUCAGAACAACCAGUAUGUUCUGACGAAACCACGAGACUCCACGAUGCCCAGAGCAGACCAUCACUUCAUCAAGGACCUGGUUUCAGUGGUGAUGCUGUCUCUGCCUUGUGGUUGGAUUUGCACUCUGGUGGGUCUUCCACCUAUGUUUGGAUAUAUCAUCUGUGGGGUCCUGCUCGGCCCUUCCGGACUCAACAGCAUCAAGUCCAUAGUUCAGGUGGAGACUCUGGGGGAGUUGGGUGUGUUCUUCACUCUCUUUGUGGUGGGACUGGAGUUUUCACCUGAGCGCCUCCGAAAGGUAUGGAAGACCUCAGUUCAGGGGUCAUGCUACCUGAGCCUGCUGAUGGUGGUGGCCGGGUUGUUAUGGGGACAGCUUCUCCAUAUUCGCCCCACCCAGACGGUCUUUGUCUCCACCUGUCUGUCCCUGUCCAGCACUCCACUAGUGUCGCGAUUCCUGGCAGGAGGAAGCAGGGUGGAAAGAGAAGGUGACCUGGACUACAGCAGCGUUCUCCUCGGGAUGUUGGUGAUGCAGGAUGUCCAGCUCGGCCUCUUCAUUGCUGUCAUGCCCACUCUGAUCCAGGCACAGAGCGGGGACUUGGACAACUUUCUGUUUGGAGGUCUGCGAGUGCUGAAGCUCCUGGCUCAGGUCCUGGUGUCGCUGGCUGCUGUUUUUUUGCUUUGCUUGGUGCUCAGAUCCUUCCUGAUUGGUCCGUAUUACAAGAAAAUUCAUGCUGAGAGCAAAGGGAACAAGGAGAUCCUGGUACUGGGGAUGACAGCGUUUGUCUUUUUCAUGCUGACGGUUACAGAGUUUCUGGAUGUUUCCAUGGAGUUGGGCUGCUUCUUGGCAGGAGCUUUACUGUCGUCACAAGGUCACAUGGUCACAGCCGAGGUCAUGGGGUGCAUCGAGCCAAUCAGAGACUUUCUCGCCAUCAUCUUCUUUGCCUCAAUUGGUCUUCACGUGUUCCCUACAUUUGUGCUGUAUGAGCUCACCAUCCUGCUGGUGCUGACGCUCACACUCGUCAUCAUGAAGUUUGUCAUGGCCGUGCUGGUUCUGUCCACCAUCUUGCCUCCGAGUUCCCGACACAUCCGGUGGAUCGUCUCGGCUGGUCUGGCUCAGGUCAGCGAGUUCUCCUUUGUCCUGGGGAGCCGCGCACGUCGAACCGGCAUCAUCUCCAGAGAGGUGUACCUGCUGGUCCUCAGCGUCACCACCCUCAGCUUGCUGCUGGCUCCGCUGCUGUGGAGAAUCACGACACACAAAUGGGUUCCUCGCCCCGAACGCAAAACUGUCACGUGACCACACCGACAUCAGGGCUGAAAAAAACAACAACAUUCCUCUGUGACUUUACCAGCGCUGGUUGCAAUAUCACUUGAAGUCUUACUUUUCUUUUUUUUAAAGCUGGAUUUAAUCUGCUUCAAAUCCAUUAAACUCUGAUCCAACACUACUGCUGAUCAUAAUGGCAAAUACAAAAGAGAAAUUCUUACAAUAUUUUCACUGGAAGAUUUUUUUUAACACUUAGACAGUCAUGUCUCUGCAGUAUGUUGAUUAUUACAUUUUAUGAUGUAAUAAUAAAAUUACAUCAUAAAAUGUAAUUUACAUCAUAAAAUGUAAAUUACAUCAUAAAAUGUAAUUUUAUGAUGCAAAAUAUUGUCGCAUUUUGCACAUUUACUUUGAAAAUCCAUGGACCAAAUCUUAACAGUUCUCCAUAUAAAUAUUUGCCUUUUAUGUUGUUUUUCUUUAUAGAUACUAUGACAUUACUGUUUGUGCUUUCUCUGUUGUGAUUUGAGGCAGCGAUGAUCACAGACCUUGCCUCAGGCUGAAGUCAAAGAUCUCUGCUGAUUAACAUUAAUGGUACUUUGUUUUAAUUUAAUCCUUUUCGUACUGAGAGUUUCGGGAAAACGGACUUAAUCUGCCCAGAAAUCUUGUUUUUCGGGUAUAUUAGAUUGCACUAAUAACAGCAAAGACAAUGAAAAUGUUUCAAAAAACUUGCGUUUGAUAAUUUAUUGUUCACUGGUAUUAUCUGAAGAAAAAAUGCCAGCACUCGUCCUCUGAAUGUCAAAACUGAUGUGCCUGCUUUGCUCUAUUCCACCCGGCACUAAAAGGAAGAGCUUUUACACUGAAAUGUACAUUUAUAAAAACACUUGAUAUGUAUCAUCAUCAGACAUUACUGUUUAUAUUUAUUAGUUUCAUAUAUUCCAUUUGUUUGAGGGUUUUGUUUUAAUUUAAGUUUGUAUUUUAUUUCUGCUGUCAUUUGCAUUUUUAUUCAGAUCUUCAUUUGUGUUGAACUUACUUUGAUUUAUAUAUCUUUAGUAAAAAUAAGAUGACAAACA